GUAUGUAUGGUGUUUGCAUGUCUCCAGUUUAGUUUUACUCAUGACAGUGACCCUUUAUUUAUAGAAGUUUUGAAGAAAGUUUAGCAUUGAUGCUACUUGUUUAUUCUUCUAAGUUAUUCAACAGACACGUAUUUUUUAAUAUUAUAAAUAUACAGUUUAAUCUACAGUCACUAAAUUUUACCGGUUUUGAGGAUUUCCACCCCUCAUCAGUCAUCCUAGACAAGGGCAAAUCGAAAUAAUGAGACGGCUUCUUAAGUUAUAGUGGUGGAGUGUUUAUUUAAAUUUAUUUGGAUUUAGUUGCAUAUUUCAAUUUUAAAAUAUUGUUAAUUUUGGGUUUGUAGGUUGGAGACAGGUAUUUCGUAUUAACCUAAUUUAAAUAUGAAAAGGGACAGGAACAUUUCAUCUACAUGAGGAAAGAAGACUAGGUCAACUCGGUGUUCAGAAUUUUCAAAGCUUUUGACAGAUAUUGUAUAGAAAAACUUUUUAAUUAACUACUGUGGCUGUUGAGGCUAAAAGCUGCAUUAACUUCAUAAGUUUUUGAGAUAGUGUAUAUGUCUUAUCUAGCGUAUGAGUUAUCCAACAGUGAAAUUUUGAAUUAGACAUCACCUGAAUAAAUUUAUCUUGAUUUCUGUUUGCAUAAAAUGCAGUUUGAUACUAGUAAAUUAAAUGAUUAUAUUACUUAGAAGUUUCAGGAGGUUGAGACAUAUAUGUACCAUUGUUGUUUACUUUUUUCCAAGUUUGUUACUUUUUAAAAGAUAAACUUUGGUAUUGAAGAAGGUACUAUGAAUUCUUGGAAGUUUUUGCAAAUCAAAUUUUUCUUGGUUUUUGAAUUAUUUUUUUUUAUAGAAGUUAUCUAUGAGGUCCUAUUUAUGAAUGUACAUUCAAAGCUCUUUGAAUCUUCAGGUUUCCUUAUUAACCAGAUCUUAGAAUGGCAGAUUAUGAGAAACGUAUCAAUGAACUGACUACAGAAAGGGAUCGUCUCAAAGCAGAGGUGGACCGUCUGCAUCGUGAGCUGGUCCAUACCAGUCGUGAAAAGAUUAAAUCUGCCCAGUAUGGUUUAGUGUUGCUAGAUGAGAAAAAAGCACUUCAACAAAAAUGUGAAGAUCUCGAGGCCCAGCUGGAUACAACUAAACAUGAACUGGAUUGUUUAAAAGAGACAUUUUACAAGUUCCAGUCAAGUCAAAAAGCAUCAGUUACAUCAGAGAUUGAAGAGGAAGAAAACCUACUAAAAGAAACGGCCCAUAAAGAAGCUUCUUUUACAUCAACUCUUCUUGAGUUAGAACGAGAAAUAAAACAGGUAAAGCAGGAGCUUGCCCGUGUAAAAGCAGAAAGUGAUCAUAUCCACCAGGAAAAUCAAACUCUAUCGAAACAAAUUGAUGCUAGUGAAUGGGAAAAGAAAAACUUAAAGUCAGAGUUGAAAGAAGUUGAAUUUAGAGAAAGACGACUUUUAAAUGAUAACAAUGAACUUGAAGAGGAAAAUAUCUCCUUACAGAAACAAGUCUCGACACUUCGUUCAUCACAGGUUGAGUUUGAAGGGGCCAAGUACGAAGUUAAACAACUGCAGGAUGAAGUAAAAACAGUACAUUCACAAGUUGAAGAACUGAUGCUAUUAAAACAAAUAGCAGAAAAGCAACUUGAAGAAGCAAUAGAGGCAUUACAAUCGGAGAGAGAGCAGAAAUACGCCUUAAAGAAAGAGUUAAAUAAUCGAGUGAACUCGGAGUCCAUUUUCAACUUGAAUAAUUUAACUCUAUACAACUUCAAAUAUGAAACUCAAGAUGAUGGAAGAAGACCAGAAGAGGAAGAAGAUAGUGGAGAAGAUGAAGUUUUAAAGCAGCUCGAGGCAGACUUCAUGGAGAAACUUGCCAGUGAAGACUGUAAGCUUACUUGUAGUUAUUUUUAAUAGCUGUAGUAGAUGCUGAUUGAUAGUAGAAUAGUAACCUUA